AACUUGCAGAGUUAUAGUCGUCUGGAUGAACAGGGAGACGCACUUGCACCAGACUGUUGCUGAGAAUAGGAGGUGGAGGAGGAGAAAAGGAGUUGCGGAGUAACCUCGGCGCUGGAGGUGGUGAUAGUCUUUUUUUUAUGAACUAUCUGAAUUAGAGAGGUGAAAAAGAAGAGAAGACAGAAAAGAAUUUUCGCUGCCUUUUCUCACCUGAAGUGUCCCUUACUGAACCACAUCACUCCUCACUGUAGGAGGAGAACAUCAGGUUGGACGGACUUACCCUACAGAACACUGAGGACACCCACACAACUCACAAUAUUUAGAAACAUUUGAACAAAACAGUGUGAAGUGAAGACAGCCAGCAUGGAGGUUAAAUCGACUUCGAGGAAACUUCAUUUGCUCUGCGUUACGUUCGCGUGGGGUCUCUCAGGUAUCUUAGCCCAGCUCCAAAUGCCACAGACCAACAUGGAUGUGACCAAGGGUAAGAUGGUGGUGCUGACGGCUUCUUACAACUCUGUGCCAGGCAGUGACCUGAGCACCAACACCAUUCUAUGGAACCUUGUCACCAACAACACCCAGCUGAUCAUCUCAUACACCAAGGGUUCUAUGAACGUGGGAAGCGCUCAGUUCAAAGGUCGGGUUGGUUUCACCUCCACCAUGCCCUCACGAGACGUGUCUCUGUACAUCAACAACACACAGGAGUCAGACUCCGGCCGUUACCUCUGCCAGGUCAUCAUCCCUGAUCACUCUGGCUACACUGCUGAGCUGACACUGGACGUGAAGGUGCCCCCUGAUGUUCCUAAGUGCUCUGUCUCAGGGAAGCCAGUGCUGAAAGGAAACGUGACGCUGAGCUGCACGUCCAGUUCUGGGAAACCACUUCCUCUGUACAAGUGGAGGAAGACCAGCCCCACCUCUGAAGUCUUCUUCUCUCCCAUGCUGAACGAGAAAACUGGAACACUGAAGUUGAGCAACCUGAGCAGUAACAUGUCAGGGAAGUACACGUGUACCGCCAGUAACUCUGCUGGGUCGGAGAGCUGCAUCAUCAACCUGGACAUCGUCAGCUCCACCAAGGUGGGUGUGAUCGUGGGAGCCACCAUCGGCUCUGUGGUGGGCUUCCUCUUCCUCCUCUGUGUCUGUGGCUUUUUUGUGCUGAGGAGACAUCGAGACCACGAGGACGACAUGGCCAAUGACAUCAAGGAAGACGCUCAGGCUCCCAAGCGUGUGUCCUGGGCUAAGAGCAACAUGGGCUCCGACAUCAUCUCCAAGAACGGCACCUUGUCAUCCAUCGCUUCCAGCCCCCACCACAAAGAUCCUUCCAUGCACCACAACAACCACCACCACCUGCAGCAGUACCCCCAGCGCCCACAUUCAGACACCGCCUCCAUCAUCACGGCCACCGGCAGCAUGGCCAACUACCGACCGUCUCGCCAUCACGGCGCCUCCACCCCCACGCACUUCACUUUCACCAACAACAACACCCUGCCACAUGAACAGGCUGAAGCCAACCUUCACAGAGGGUCUCCACCCAGACCGGAGCGUUACGCCCAGCUGCCCCAAGCUCAGACGGUUCCACAGACCUACGGCCAGCCUCAGCUGCAGCUCCAGGCUGCUUCCUCCCCUCCACCGCUGCCCAGCUCUGGGGUGACAGCUGCCAACAUCACCCGUAUGGGAGGAGUUCCCAUCAUGGUGCCUGCACAGAACCAGGCCGGAUCUCUGGUCUAACGCCACCUACUGGUGGCAAAACAGUUCUGUUCAAAAACAGCAGAGUGUGAACGCAGGAAAUACUAUUCAGAGAAGAAGCCCAGACCAGACUGUUUAUUUUCUUUAAAUACACUUUUAUAUUCAGGAUGCACUGUUAUACGCAGUACAUUGUGUAUACGUGUGUGUACACAUGUUUUCUUAUGUAUUUGUUGAGUAUCCUCUUUUCUACUUCACCAAAGUAUUUCUGAGUAUUAAUAUUAUAACAUAUCUUUAGACUUUUUUUGUUAUUCUUUGGUUUGUUUUUGUUGUUUUUUUCUGAGGUUUUCAGCAGAGGAGGACCUGGGUCUGUGUGAGCACACUUUACUGGUCGGACAAGUAAAUGUUGCAGGAAAGUAGUACUGCAUGUGGAGAUCUCUUUUUUUACGUUGUAAGUACAAGUACAGAAGACAAAAAAAAAAAAUAUAUAUAUAUAUAUAUAAAGACACUUUUAGACAAAAUUAAGCCUUUUGUCACUUAGGCCAUAAUUUGUUUAUUUUUUACAAAAAGCAAUGCGUUCCACUUAGGAGCAAAGUUUUCACUUUCUUUAUGAGAGAAUAAUACUUACAACUUAAAUAGGUUCAAAUUUAUUAAAAUUAUCACAAAACAAUGCUAUAGAAAAAAAAAUUCACCAGUGUUUCUGUUGACUGUUCACUUUAAUAAUUCUCUUAGACUCUUUUUUCAGAUAUAAAAAUGCGCAUUGUUGUCACCUGUAACGUCAACUUGUUUUAUAGAUUCUACCCAAAUUUAAAUUGUAAAUAUUAUAUUUAUUCUGUUUAGAAACAUGGAGAUCAACAGUGAAGAAACAGUUGACUAUAGAGACAGUCUCAUCUGCUGUUACAUAAAUAUGGAGAAUUAUCAAGUCAAAGAUCAUACGGAGGUUUGUUUUUUUGUUGUUGUUUUUUUAAGCAAGCACUCUUUAAAACACUUGAGUUUGAGUUUUACCAUUUUUGACGUUUGAUGUGAGAAGAUGGCUCAGCCUCAGCCAUGAAGAAGUUCAGCACCUUGGACAGGUACUGUUGUGUGUAGUCUGACAUCAUCUUUGGCAAAUAGAAAUAUUGAACUCACAUCACUUUUAUUCUGUUCUUUAUUAAAAUUCCUCAACAGUCAAUGUGCUGUAUUCAUUUUAGCUGGCUGUUUGAGGUCAAAGCCAUUUUGCUAAGCAUUUAUGAUGACAUUUCUAUUGAAAGGUCACUGAUGAGUGGCUAAUUAUUUUAUUAGUUCACGAAAACAGUGUCAGAAACACAGUCUAUUGAAGGCACAAGUUUGGUUCUCCCUCAAACGUCAUAUUUCCUUUAAUGAUUCAGUGGAUAAAGCAGAGAUGGGGGGGUGUUUUUAUUUUAUUAUCACAAGAAGUUUAAAACAAAUUCCCUGUGACAGGUAAAAUAAAGCUAAUAAAGGAUAUAUUCAUGUAUAUUUUCUAGGAUUUUUUAUGUUCCAGAAUUUUUUUAAUUUAAGCUCAUAAAUAACAUAUAAAGUAGUAAUGGUCCACACAAUCUAUCAUUUUGCUGUACAGUCAUUACACUGGAUUUUUUUUUAUAGUAGACUUUGAAAAAUAAUUCUGAUGUGGACUCAGCAAGAAAAGUAUUUCAAAUGUAGUUUGGUGACUGUGUAUAGUUUGGAGUCAAGAAUAUAGAAAAUAGUACAUGUAAUAUGGUUGAAAAGCACUUGUCAGUUAGUGAGAACGCUGUUAGCUGUGAAAAAAAGUACAUCAGAAAAACCAAUGUAUGUUGACACCAGACUUUAUUUUUCUAUAGUCACCUGACUUCAUGAACACCUGAUGCUGUGUGACUUUUUUUAAGUGCUACUUGUCAGUGAGUUUUAAGACAUUGCAGAUGUAACAUUGAUGGAUGAGAAUGUCUGAAAUCUGUAGCUUACAGAUUUAUGUCUAUAUAAAAAUGCUUUGUAUAAAGUCAUUUUGAUUAAAUAACAUUUUGUCUUUGCA